GUUGCAGUCUCCAACAAUGGUGUUUUCUAAGUCACUUUUGUUUCUUUUACUCGUACCUCUUCUCUGUUAUUAUACACUGAUAACGAAGAAGCUGCUUCCUCAGACUGAGAAUCCAGUGAAGCACACGAGUGCAGCAGAAGGAAACGCUUAUGAACUUCAGAAGCAGAUAUUUGAACUACGACAAGAAGUGGAAAUGCAACGCAAAAGAAGUCUCGAGGUGGAAGCUCGAGCUGAAAUCGCAGAUAGGAAAGUUGCGGAACUUAGCUCAAAGCUUGAAAAUAUUGAUGGGAAGUGGCUCUUGUCUAAGCUUGGUCUAAACCUAAAUAAAACUCAGGCAUAUAUAAUGACUCUGUGGCAUCAAGAUCUUAGCCAAACUCUUCAAAAGAAAUGGAUUCCAAGCAUCAAAGAUGCGUAUGUGACAUUAACCAUUUAUCUCGAACCAAAAGUUCAAUAUUUAAAUGAUAAGUCAAUCGAGGUGUUACAUACAUGUAAGCAGGCUUUGACACCACAUCUCAUCCAAGCAUUCGACGUUUCAUACGACUAUCUUGAGGUAAGCCGAGUUAUGACCAAAGGGAAACCACACUUUGAGAAAGUACAAGUUGCCUUAGAGGCAUAUACUGAAAAUGCGAUUUUAGUCUGUUCUGGUGGGGUUUUCUUGAACCAUGCAUCUGCAGUUGAUUCGAAGGAUACACCGGAUGCUUUAGAUUCUCCAGGCAUGACUAGUGUUGUCGAUGUAAAUCCCUUUUCUAUCAUCAAGGAAUCAUCGGCUGAGAAAACUGAUACGGUUCCUGGAUUUAUCCGGUUAGCUAAAGAGUUUCUGAGAUGUAUUCCAACCCCAGGGAAUAUCACUGAGUUUGACGAAGAACAGUUUAUGGGGAAACCUGAGGUUAAGAAAAUAUUGGAAUGCGAGGAUCCGCAGUGGUCUCUAGAGACUCUUGGGAACCCUCAAGCGUCAGAGAAAUAUGUUGAGCUUAUGGUGCUAGUGAAAAAAAAAUCCAGAGUUAGCUUGCAAACUCACUGUCCUUCCUUAACCAAUCAGGGUCUGACAACUUCUCUAGUAUCUCGUGAUGAUAACGAAGAUGAACAAGUCUCCCAGGGAUGGAAAGCACUGGAGAUUGUGUGUCAGCAUGCCCAGACGAAAUGCAUUAAAGCCCUUAUGGAUGCUCAGAAAAGAAAGGCCAAUGCGGCUGACAAAAACAGGGGAGAAAAAAGAAACACCAUAGCAUUGGGGGAGGAAAGAGCGAUGUACUGUGCUGAAGCCUACUGUUUCAUUGACAGAGUCUGAUCUUAUCUUUUGAAGCCUUUUACGUUUCAGAAAUUAUAACCCAUCCUUAGCCUCUUUAAACAAGCAGAUCCUUUUGGACCUGUAGGAUAUAAACAGUUAAUAUAACU